AUGAAGAAGGCUGCUACCAAUCUUUUGGCUGUUGCUACUACAGCAUAUGCUUACACUGGCUCUCCUGCUGGUUCGAGGAGUGGAUGUUACUGGAGCACCGAUGCUGGACAGUUCAACACUCGCUUUGGUCAUGACUUCAGCCUCGAUCUCUAUGGAACGGUUCAGGACCUGAUCCCUGAUACCUACACCGUCAAUGCCGGUGUGAAUCCUCUUGCUCGUCGCUUUGACAUUGUCAACAUCGGUCUCGAUGCAAGUGAUCAAUCUUUGACCCUCACUGUCCCUGGCGGACAAACCAAUGGUAGUCCCAUUUCAACUGCUCAGCUCGCAACCAACUACAACGACAUUCUUUACGCUUCCGUCCGCACUGUAGCCAAAAUUUCCAACGUUGCAGGCACCACCAAUGCCUUCAUCUUUUACUCCAACGACACCCAAGAGAUCGAUUUUGCAUUCCUGACCUCGGAUAUCUCCAAGGCUUGGCUCACCAACGAGCAAAACUCGAAUACUUCUCCUUACUCAACCUACAAUGUAGCUGCGCCCGCUGAUGCCAACACUGCUUGGCACGAGUACAGACUCGAUUGGCUGCCUGGAGUUUCCAAGUUCUUCAUUGACGGAGUCUUGGUGCAAACGAUUACUGACAACGUUCCCACUGCACCCGGAUCCUGGAUCUGGAACAACUGGAGCAAUGGCAAUUCUUGGGCUCAGGGACCUCCUACCGCUGACAGCGUGUUGAAGAUUCGCAGCAUUGAUGCUUACUUCAACCGUACCAGUGUC